UCCGCGCCUCGUGAGGGCCUCGGGUGGCGCUGGGACCCCGGCACAGGCCGCGGGCACCGCCGGGGGCACCCCGGAAGCCGGGACAUGGACUCGGUGGCCUUUGAGGAUGUGGCUGUGAACUUCACUCAGGACGAGUGGGCUUUGCUGGAUCCUCUGCAGAAGAAACUCUACAGAGAUGUGAUGCAGGAAACCUUCAGGAACCUGGCCUCUAUAGGGAAAAAUUGGGAAGAUUCAAACACAGAAGAUCAGUACAAAAGCCAGGGGAGAAGUCUAAGAAGUCAUAUUAUAGAAAGACUCUGUGAAAAGAAAGAAAGUAGUCCAUCUAGAGAACCCUAUAGUCGGACUCCAAAUCGGAAAUUGAACAAGAAGACUCUCACGGGAGUAAAACCAUAUGAAUGCACCAUGUGUGGGAAAGUCUAUAUGUGUCAUUCAUCUCUUAACAGACACAUGAAAUCCCAUACUGAGCACAAACCAUAUGGGUAUAACAAAUACGGAGAGAAGUCCUACGAAUGCAAGGAGUGUGGGAAAACAUUCAGCUUUCGAAGUUCAUUUCGAAUCCACGAAAGGACCCACACAGGAGAGAAGCCCUAUCAGUGCAAACAGUGCGGGAAAGCCUUCAGUUGGCCCAGUUCCUUUCAGAUACACGAGAGAACUCACACCGGAGAGAGACCCUACGAGUGCAAGGAGUGUGGGAAAGCCUUCAUUUACCACACUACCUUCCGAGGACACAUGAGAAUGCACACGGGGGAGAAACCGUAUAAGUGUAAAGAAUGCGGGAAAACUUUCAGUCACCCCAGUUCAUUUCGAAACCACGAAAGGACACACAGUGGAGAGAAGCCCUACGAAUGUAAAGAAUGUGGAAAAGCUUUUCGCUAUUACCAGACCUUUCAAAUCCACGAAAGGACUCACACCGGAGAGAAGCCCUAUCAGUGUAAACAGUGCGGGAAAGCUCUCAGCUGCCCCACGUCCUUUCGAAGUCAUGAAAGGAUUCACACUGGAGAAAAACCCUAUAAGUGUAGGAAGUGCGGGAAAGCCUUCAGUUUCCCCAGUUCAUUUCGGAAACAUGAAAGAAUUCACACCGGAGAGAAACCCUAUGACUGUAAGGAGUGUGGGAAGGCAUUCAUUUCGCUGCCGAGCUUUCGGAGGCACAUGAUCAUGCACACUGGGAAUGGGCCCUACAAGUGCAAGGAAUGUGGGAAAGCCUUCGACUGUCCCAGUUCAUUUCAAAUCCAUGAAAGGACCCACACGGGGGAGAAGCCCUACGAGUGCAAGCAGUGUGGGAAAGCCUUCAGCUGCUCCAGUUCCUUUCGAAUGCACGAAAGGACUCACACAGGGGAGAAGCCUCACGAGUGCAAACAGUGCGGCAAGGCCUUCAGCUGCUCCAGUUCCGUGCGAAUCCACGAAAGGACCCACACGGGGGAGAAGCCCUAUCAGUGUAAACAGUGCGGCAAAGCCUUCAGUUGCUCCAGUUCCUUUCGAAUGCACGAGAGAAUUCACACUGGAGAAAAGCCAUAUGAAUGCAAACAGUGUGGUAAAUCCUUCAGUUUUUCCAGUUCAUUCCGUAUGCAUGAAAGGACCCACACGGGGGAGAAGCCCUACGAGUGCAAGCAGUGUGGGAAAGCCUUCAGCUGCUCCAGUUCCUUUCGAAUGCACGAAAGGACUCACACAGGGGAGAAGCCGUAUGAGUGCAAACAGUGCGGCAAGGCCUUCAGCUGCUCCAGUUCCAUCCGCAUCCACGAAAGGACCCACACAGGGGAGAAGCCCUACGAGUGCAAGCAGUGCGGGAAAGCCUUCAGCUGCUCCAGUUCUGUUCGAAUGCAUGAAAGGACUCACUCGGGGCAGAAGCCCUACGAGUGCAAACAGUGCCACAAAGCCUUCAGCUGCUCCCGCUCCUUCCGCAUCCACGAAAGAACUCACACUGGAGAGAAACCCUAUGAGUGUCAGCUGUGUGGAAAGGCCUUCAAGUGUUCCCGAUCCUUUAGAGUCCAUGAAAGAACUCACACUGCAGAGUAACUCUCCCAGCGUCAGCAGUGUGCUCCUGCCUUCUGUUGCCCCAGCCUACUGGGAAGCCAUAAACUCACACCGGAGUGCAACUUUUUGAAUG